AUGACCACAGAUUUUAAUGACGUCGUCAAACAGGGAUUUGUGAAAAUUCGCAGCAGGCGUUUCUGGGUCUAUCAGAAAUACUGGCUGGUAAUGAGAGGAGCCUCCAGUAGAGGACCAAAGAGGCUGGAGAAGUAUUCAAAUGAACAUGCUGCGAAUACACACUGUUACCACAAGGUGAUCAAGUUGACAAAUGUCAGAAAUGUGAUAAGACAUCCACAGCAAGAGAGGAAGUGUGCAGUGACACUGGUUUUCAACAACGAUUCCAAAAUGACUUUCGUCUGUGAGUCAGAGAUGGAAGCCGGAGAAUGGUACAGUGUCCUUCAGACAGAGUGCAUCCAAGUAAAAAAAAAGGACAUCAGCUUUGCUGAGCCAGACUUACUCUCUCACACUAUACACAGAGACCAGAGCAAGAAGUUCCAUGUGUUCUUGAUGCCGUCUCCCAGUUUUUCUUUCUCUGGAGAGUGUGUUCUUCACAUUACCCAAGAGUCCAUUUACCUGCAGGACACCCUAGACCCACAAAUAAAAAUAGCAUCCUGGCCACUCAGGGUACUCCGUCGCUAUGGGCGAGACCAGACAUGGUUUACGUUUGAGGCAGGAAGGAUGUGUGACACGGGGGAAGGCUUAUUCAAGUUUCGUACCGUGGAGGGAGAGGCUAUCUAUCAGAAAGUGCACUCUGCAGUGCUGGUUAUUGCAGAGACACAGAAUCAACCAGUCAGGGUAAGGACCAUAGAAAACAUCCAGAACCUCACCAACAACCUUGACUUGGCUUUUUUCACUGUGUCAUUGGUUGAUUGA